UCAAACUUGUCUGCGUGAACAAAUUCAUAAUUAGAUUUAUUAAAGCCCUAAUUCUUAUUCACAGCUGCUCUGCCUCUUCUACACUAAUGGGGCGUGAUUUCUUCCAAAUUCUGCCGUCAGAAUUAACGACCAACAUCCUCUCACGCCUCCCAUUCCGAAGCGUUGCAAUCAGCAAAUGCGUUUGCAAAUCAUGGCUCAAUCUGCUCAAUUCCGACUACGGCAAAAUAAAACCCCCUCCCGCCCUAGUUUGCUUCAAGAGGAACCCACCUCAUUGCACGAUUUUCGAAAUCGAAGACAAAGACGAAGCCGAUUAUGAGAGCCACGAUCUUCACUACAUUCCGCUCACAGAUUUCGAUAUCCCUUUCAGAAUCAGUGCAACGGAAUGUACCACUGCUAAUGGAUUGCUUCUUCUAUACUCAUACACCAAUGAUCCUGUAAAUCCUGUUUACAUAUGCAAUCCUCUCACUCGUGAACAUAUCCUGCUCUGCCCUCCUAAGGAAUACACCUCAAUUAAAUGUUUUACGUAUUUUGAAUUUGGUGUGAGCGAAAUAAGUGGGCAAUAUAAGGUGGUCUGUUUGGGUGGGAUCUUCGAAUCCAUGUCGGUUCAUGUAUACACCCUUGGAACAAGAUCAUGGAGGACCGUUGAAACCGGGGCUGCUUCUGGUUUCGAAUUCCGUUGGGAUGGACGCGCUGUAUGUAACGGUAACAUCCAUUGGACAGUGGAUGAUUGGGUUCGACCCUUCUAUCGUAUUUGUGGUUUUGAUAUUGAAACAGAAUGUUUUAGCAUUUUCUCUCCUCCUCCAGCCCUUCAUGUCGGUGGAGUUGAGGAGUUGAAUUUGGAGUUGACUGUUUUUAGGGACUGCUUGUGUAUCUGUUACACACGGGACUACGAAAUCAACAUCUGGUUGAUGAAAGAAUAUCGAGUUGAGGAAUCUUGGACCAUAGAGUACAAGUUGAGUACUAUUGAUUUAAAUAACAAUGUAAAUUGGCUUUAUCCUAUCAAAGUUUUCAAAGAUGGCGGCAUUUUGAUGGGGCGGUACAAUGUCCUCAUCUACUACUCCAACAAGACAAGAACUACUCAACAAGUAGGUAUAUUUAAUGAUGCAGAUGCAUGGGAGUAUUACUUCACCUUUCCCAAUAUUUUCACUCCUGUACUCUUCUCACUACAGAGUUUCGCAUUAGAGAAUGUGAUCUCGUUCUAA